GGAAGAGGAAGGAGGAAGAGCCAGAGGCAGCCAGGAAGGGUCCAGGCACCAGAGCUGCAGACAGAGGGUGGGCCUGGGAAGUGGUGCUUCAUUUCUUCCUGGUCAACGUCUUCGUGAUAGGGAUGCUCAAGACCUUUGGGAUCUUCUUUGUGGCUUUCCAGGAGGAGGUGGGAGGUUCCUCUGAGCAGCUCAGCUGGAUCGGGUCCAUCAUGUCCUCCCUGCGCUUCCUAGGAGCCCCGGUGGUGUCCAUGGUCUGCAGGAGGCUGGGGGAGAGACCCACCUCCAUCCUGGGGGCUGGGCUGGUUGUGGGGGGCUGCCUGCUGAGCACCCAGGCCACCAGUGUCCCCUUCCUCUACGUCUCCAUGGGACUUCUCCUGGGUCUGGGCUUCUCCUGCCUCUACCAGGCAGCUGCAGUGAUGACAGCCAAGAGCUGCAGGACACGCUUGGGUUUCUCCAACGCCCUCGCCCGCUCUGGGAUGGGCCUGACCUUCCUCAUUGCACCCUUCACCCAACUCCUCAUCGAUUUUUAUGGCUGGCAAGGUACUCUCCUGAUUUUUGGAGGCAUCAUGAUGAACCUUGUGCCUUCCAGCUUGUUGCUGAGACCCAGAAGCACCCAAGCAGCACCAGAGUCCUCUGCUCAACACCCAGCUCGUGGGUCUUACAUGGGAAAGAAGGACUCAGAAACCCUUGAUGGAUGCUCAGGUGACACCACUGGCAAGGCAACCCAGCUUGGCAGGACACAGGACCUUCCCACCACAGAGGGACUCCUGAAGUCCCACACUGGAGAUGUGUUGACUUUGGAAGAGCUUGAGAAACCCCCCAUGGACUCCCCAGGAACAGCCAGCAAGGCCAAGAGAGGCUCCAAAUCCCUUCCAGUGACCACCAAAGCCAACUCGGAACCUCUCCUGGAUUUCUCCCCACUGAAGGAUCCCAUCUUCAGCAUUUUCACCUGGUCUUUUUUUUUCAGCCACUUGGCCUAUUUUGUGCCCAUCUUCCACCUGGUGCCCAGAGCCAGGACCCUGGGGAUCAGCAGCAUGGAUGCCUCUUACCUCAUCUCAGUGGCUGGCAUCACAGAGAUGCUGAGCCAGCUGCUCUCAGGCUGGGUAGCUGACCAGAACUGGACCAAGAAGUAUCACUACCACAUGGCUUACCUUGUCCUCAGUGGCAUCACCAACCUGCUGUGUCCUCUGGCCACCACCUUCUCCUCACUCCUCACCUACUCCGUGGUCUUUGCCAUCUUCUGUGGGGGCUUCAUGGCUCUGGUCCUCCCUGUGCUGGUGGAUCUGGUGGGUGUGGAAAAGCUCCACAGCUACUUGGGUUUUGCUGCCUUCUUUGCUGGGAUUGCAGCUAUCAGUGGACCUCCCCUGGCAGGGUGGCUCUAUGACUACACCCAGACCUACGCCUGCUCUUUCCUCUUUGCUGGAGCCUGUGCUCUCAUCUCACCACUUGCUUUCUUCUUGGAGCCUUUGGUCCAGAAAUGGAAGCUAAAAAAAGCCAACCUGGACAAAGGACCCUGCAGCUGA